GAUAGAGGCCCACAGAUCUGGGUUUUGUCCAGGGGUCUCCAGGUUUAAAGCUCCCUACAGCCACUUCAGCUCAGUUUCCCUGUGACUCGGCUGGGCACGGCUUCUUUCUCUGCCCCCAAAACAUAAAGCUUUUCUCUUCAGAACAGUUUUGGUUGCGUGACAAAGGCAGCCUGUCCUUUAGCGAAAAUGGAGGCCAUCAAGAAAAAGAUGCAGAUGCUGAAACUGGACAAGGAGAAUGCCAUUGACAGAGCCGAGCAGGCUGAGACGGAUAAGAAGGCAGCUGAGGACAAAUGCAAGCAGGUGGAGGACGAGCUGGUGGCCCUGCAGAAGAAGCUGAAGGGCACUGAGGAUGAGCUGGAUAAAUACUCCGAGGCCCUGAAAGAUGCCCAGGAAAAGCUGGAGCAGGCUGAAAAGAAGGCCACGGAUGCGGAAGGCGAGGUGGCGGCGCUCAACAGGCGCAUCCAGCUGGUGGAGGAGGAGCUGGACCGGGCCCAGGAGCGCCUGGCCACCGCCCUGCAGAAGCUGGAAGAGGCUGAGAAGGCGGCAGAUGAGAGUGAGAGAGGCAUGAAAGUCAUUGAGAACAGAGCCAUGAAAGAUGAAGAGAAAAUGGAACUCCAGGAAAUGCAGCUGAAGGAAGCCAAGCACAUCGCUGAGGAGGCUGACCGCAAAUACGAGGAGGUUGCCCGCAAGUUGGUGAUUCUGGAGGGAGAGCUGGAAAGAGCUGAAGAGCGAGCAGAGGUGUCCGAAGUGAAAUGUAGUGACCUCGAAGAGGAGUUGAAGAAUGUCACCAACAAUCUGAAGUCUCUGGAGGCUCAGGCUGAGAAGUACUCGGAAAAGGAAGAUAAGUAUGAAGAAGAAAUCAAGAUUCUUUCUGACAAGCUCAAAGAAGCUGAAACUCGUGCUGAGUUUGCUGAGAGAACGGUUGCCAAACUGGAAAAGUCCAUUGAUGAUCUGGAAGAUGAGCUGUAUGCUCAGAAACUGAAGUACAAAGCAAUCAGCGAGGAGCUGGACCACGCGCUCAAUGACAUGACCUCCCUGUAGUCUGCACCUCUCGGUGCUCCGUUUGCUGUAUCUCUUAUGCUCUUCUUGCCUGUAAUUCCUUCUGUGCUAAAAGCGAUCCAUCCUUCAGCCUGCUCUGUAAGAACUGCGCUCAAUAAAGAUCAGAUGCCUUUACCUGUC